UCUACAAAGGCAGCGCUCGGACACCUAAGAUGACGCAAUCACCGCGCGAGGUGGGCGGGGCUCCGCGAGGGCCUUAUUUUGAAGAGUUUCUCUCUGGGGCGGAAGCCGUCAAUAAAGAAGCGGCGGCCUUAGGUGCCUGGCCUUCCGAAGAGACCAAGUACCAAACAAGAAAAGUGAUCUCCCCAAAGUCACAGAAUAAUUGGUAAAUCUAGACAAGAGCACAGACUUGUAACUGUAAAGACCAGGGAUUUUUUUAUAUAUUCUUGUGGAAAGAAAGAUCCAAAGGGUUUCUCUGUGUAACCGGCCUGGCUGUCCUGAAACUGGCCUUGAAUUCACAGAUCUGCCUGCCUCUGCCUCCAAAGGUCUAGGAUUAAAGGUCCUUCCUAGCUAUCUUGCUGGGAAAUGCCCAAAGUCAAAAGAAGCCGGAAAGCGCCCCCAGAUGGCUGGGAGCUGAUCGAACCAACACUGGAUGAGUUAGAUCAAAAGAUGAGAGAAGCUGAAACUGAACCCCAUGAGGGAAAGAGGAAAGUGGAAUCUCUGUGGCCCAUCUUCAGAAUCCAUCACCAGAAAACCCGCUAUAUCUUCGACCUCUUUUACAAGAGGAAAGCCAUAAGUAGAGAACUCUAUGAAUACUGCAUUAAAGAAGGCUACGCAGACAAAAACCUGAUUGCCAAGUGGAAAAAGCAGGGCUACGAGAAUCUGUGCUGCCUACGCUGCAUUCAGACUCGGGACACCAACUUUGGGACAAACUGCAUUUGCCGGGUCCCAAAAAGCAAGCUAGAAGUGGGUCGCAUCAUUGAGUGCACACACUGUGGCUGCCGGGGUUGCUCUGGCUGACACCCUUGACUCCUCUACAUUCUGGACUUUGGACCUUGUUGGCUCCUGCCUUAUUGGGCUACCCCACUCCUGGAGCAGCUCUUCUCAGAGUGGUGCCCAGAGAAGAGACCCAGAGGGAGCAUGGGCUCUACAGGUGAAGGCUUCACUAGCUGAAAUCUGUAAAAAUAAAACCUUUAGACCUCU